UGACUGACUGACUGACACUCCUAGGCCUUUUGUGUGGCCUCUAGUUGCGUUGGACCUGGACUGGGCUCAAGUCAUCCAGUCGGGCUCUGGAACGGGUGGUGGGAAGAUCCCAGAUCCAUCCUGAAGCGCGAGCUUCCUCCAUCCAUCCAUCCAUCCAUCCAUCUUUCCCUGUCGUAAAGGACUACCGUUGUUUAAUAUUAGUUGGUGGUGGUGGACAAUCAGUCAUGGAAGAAUCCACUGCUGGCUUGUUUCUGACUCGGACGCGUUCCAUGCCGCUCAAGUCCAUGAGCUUUUUGGCCGGAACGGCCUGGUCGCCCACUCAGGGAGCGUCCUCGGCUCGGCCCUCGGCUCGGCCCUCGGCUCGGCCCUCGGCCUCCAUCCGGCAUGUCAAUUUGGACUGGCUGGACCGGUGCGCGGGCAGACCAGGACCAGAGGCCGAUGAUAGCCCCAAACCACCCCUGUCACCCGAACCACGCCCCCUGACCCGGGCCCUGGGUCCACGGAAGCCGGUACGGCUCAAACGCCAUCGCUCCGCCCAGGCCGGCCUCAAAUUGUCCGGGCCCAAGCCGUCGUCGGACGCCGAGGUCAGUGAAAUCGAAUCCGAGCCCGAAUCCGACCCUCGGCCCACCCGCUUUAAAAGACGGAAGUUGGAGACGGGCUUAGCCCCGGUCCCGAGCCCGUGUCAGGCCCCGGCCAGCCCGGAUCAUUCGUCUGUUGGGCCCCCUGUCUCAUCAGAUUCAGCCACGCCCGACCGGGACGUCACGGAUUUGCCUCCGCCCGUCCAGGGUCCCAACGCGUUGAACGUGUACGCCUUAGGCUUUGACGAGCCCGAGGCGUUGGGCGAUGUGCGGGCUAUAUCUGACCGGUGCCUGACCCGGCGUCCCUUGGUCCCGGCCGCCCAAGAGAACUUUGUCAAGAUUAAUCUCAAGAAGAAGUCGUUUUCUCGUGGAAAACGCGGCAUGACCGGCGGCAAGUACCGCCGAAUGGAGUGGAAACGGAAAACCGCUCUGAAAGAGAACCCGGCCCAAGAAAACCCGAGCAAGUCGAGAAAAGAAAAAGUCUGCUUUAAGUGUCAGGGCUCCGGUCAUUGGGCCCGGGAUUGCGUCGGAACCGCCGAUCGACUUUUGCCCACAUCCAUGGAGGCGGAGUUGGGCGACCAGCUCGAGUUUCCCACCUUGGCCCAAGCUUCAGCUAUGGCUUUAAGCAAUACUCGCCAGCCAAUGCUGGUCCCAACUGUGGUGUCGCUAUAUCAAAAAGUGGCCCCAUCGAGCGCCUCUCAUCUGGAUAUGGACGGUGACCCGAGUCAUGUAUUUGACUAUCUAGACGACGACUUUCUGCUUCAAGCCUGCUCUCACUGGGAAGUGCCCGAGGAGGUGCCGGCCACGGACGCUCUCACCGGUAUUCGUCCACUUUUACUGCCCGAAGACGAUGGAGCCGAUCUCCUGAGCGAGACGCUGGCCAAAUUUGGCUACCCCGACUUCCGAGCGGGCCAAAAAGAAGCUAUUCUUCGCAUUCUUCGCGGCCAAUCCACCCUGGUUCUCUUAUCCACCGGCUCGGGCAAGAGCUUGAUCUACCAAUUACCCGCUUAUUUGUAUGCCCGUCGUGAACGAUCCAUUACCCUCGUCAUUUCCCCGCUCGUCUCGUUAAUGGAAGAUCAAGUGGUGGGCCUACCCACCUUUCUGAAAGCCGCUUGCUUGCACUCGAAUUUGACACCCACUAAUCGGACCAAAGUCGUGGAGCAAGUCAAGGCCGGUAAAUUGCAUUUCUUGCUAAUCUCCCCCGAGUCUCUCGCCGGAGGGAGCGGGAUUUUCGCUUCCAUCAUUCAGGACUUACCCCCCAUUUCGUUUGUGUGCAUCGAUGAAGCCCAUUGUGUGUCUCAAUGGUCUCACAACUUCCGACCGGCUUAUCUCCGGUUGUGCAAAGUGAUUCGAGAGAAGCUGGGUGUAAAAACUAUCCUCGGCCUCACCGCCACGGCCCCGGAGAAGACGGUCAACGAUAUCGCUACCAGUUUGUCAGUGGAAAUCAAGUCCGGUGUGAUUCGUGGACCCCUUCUGCCCAAGAAUUUGGUUUUGUCCGUUUCCAAAGACAGUCAUCGAGACCAAGCCUUGAUCAAAUUGUUACAAGGACCUCGAUUUAGCCGAUGUGAUUCGAUCAUCAUUUAUUGCACCCGCAGGGAGGAAUGCGUUCGCUUGGCCACCCUAAUUCGAACUAACUUGCAGGACCGGGAUCUGGAGAACGAUGGCCGGAAAAAAGGUCGGACCAAAAUGUCGUUCACCAGCGAAGCUUACCACGCCGGUCUGUCUCCUUUCAAACGCAGAACCAUACAAUCCAAUUUCAUGGGCGGCAAACUGAGGAUCGUCGUGGCCACCGUGGCCUUUGGUAUGGGCAUAGACAAGUCCGAUAUUCGAGCCGUGAUCCAUUUUAACAUGCCGAAGACGUUCGAAAGUUACAUUCAAGAGAUUGGUCGUGCUGGUCGUGAUGGCUUGGAAGCCCAUUGCCACUUAUUUUUGAAUAACUUGGGCGAAGACAUGAACGAGCUCAAAAGACACAUAUACUCGAAUUCCAUGGACCGGAGAACAAUUCGAUUGUUCCUCCAAUCGAUUUUCGAUCGUUCCAAAGAAGCGGACGCCUUGCCGGGCUCGCCUUACAAAGAAGUGGCUAUCUCGGUGAACGAAACGGUCGAGCUUCUCGAUUUGCCCGAAGAAAACAUUUCCACCUUGCUGUGUUACUUGGAAAGUGAUCCCAAGCAGUGGGUCAAGCUCUUGAAUCCCGUGUACUCGAUGUGUAAAAUCCAGUGCUACCGUGGACCCAGGCAAUUGAAGGCCAUUGCCCACAAGUCCCCACCAGUGGCCGCUGCCUUGGCUUUGGCUCGCAAGAAGGGCCAAGAUGUGACAAAUCUCGGGCACUUUUCGUUUCCAGUGGUGGAAAUGGCAGCGGCUAUGGGAUGGGACAGUGGGACCGUCAAACGAGAGUUGAAGAAUUUGCAGUGGACAUUUGCCAACAAUCGCUAUCAGAAGAGUGGCGUACUGGUCGAAUUCAGUGACCUGGCUUUCCAUUUUGAGGCCCUGAAAGGACUCACUGCGGAACAGAAGGACUCCUUAAACGAUUUUCUGUUUGAACGCAUUCAGGACCAAGAAAUGGCCGAACUUCAUAGCCUAAAUCGAGUCUUCCGGGCUUUUGCUGCCGUCUCUUAUCCAACUUUUGCUGAAGCCAAUGAAGAGGUAGAUCCGUUACGAAGCGACAAGUUGAAGAGCUUUAUUCAAGACUAUUUCAACGAGACCCAAGUUGACUUGGCCGCCUUUAGAGUGUCCAUGGCAGAAACGCCCCCUUUGAAACACGAAUCUCAAAUUCGAGCCGAUAUUCGCUCCUUUGUGUGCACUCAUUCGGAUCACGUGUGGAGUGGGCGAGCUGUGGCUCGAGUUCUACAUGGGAUUGGGAGCCCCAACUUCCCUGCGAAGCAAUGGGGACGUGUUCGAAGGUUCUGGCGAUCCCACUUGGUCGUGGAUUUUAAUCAGUUGUGCCGUUUGGCAACGCAAGAGGUAUUAUCGCUGAGAAGCGGAUCUUAAAGGAUCAGGAGGACUAAACCUAAAUAAUGAAAUGAACAAUUGAAGACUGUCUCUCUGUUUGUGAUGAAAUAAAGUAUUAUUUCACAAGCGCCAA